AUGACGACUACAAAUAAUAACUCCACUCCACAGUUUUUGACCAAAGAAUAUGUGGAAAAUAUUUUAAAAAAAUAUCUCAAGGACACUUCACUAAAAGUGUUAAAUAUAGAGGCGGGACCUGCAUCAGCAAAAGGUGAAAGUUAUUGCAGUAUAAUGACCAGAAUUAAAGUCAACUACAAAUUGGAGCGGGAAAAGGUUGUAAAUGAAAUAAAUUUUAUAGUUAAAUCUACAUAUGAGGAUAAUCCCUAUUUAUCUGGAGUUUUAAAACAAUACGAUGUCUACAAUACGGAAAUGCAAAUGUAUGAAACGAUUUUACCACAACUGGAACAAAUGCUUCGCGAAAUUGGUGAUACAGAUCAAUUGUGUGCUAGAACUAUUCAUGUGGAUUAUGAACGUGAUGUAAUAAUAUUUGAGGAUUUAACAGUGCAUAAAUUUACUAUGGCCAAUCGUUUAGAGGGCAUGGAUGAAGUUCACCUGAAACUUUGUUUAAACAAAUUGGCCAAAAUGCAUGCUACAGCAGCUGUUUUAAAUGAACGCCAAAGCGGUUUAUUGCAAAAGUAUAGCCAUGGCAUAUACAAUAGACAUGUCAACAUUUAUGGUGAAUUUCUUGAAAAUGUUAUGAAAGCAAGUGCCAAAUUUGUGGAAUCUUGUCCAGAAUUAGGUAUUUAUUAUAGUAAAAAACUGUCGCAAUUAGUACCCCAUGCUGUCGAAUAUGCCACACGUUGUUAUGAUCCAAGUCCUAAACAUUUCCUAACAUUAAACCAUGGCGAUAUGUGGACUAAUAAUGUUAUGGUUCAAUAUAAUGAUGAGAAGGGAAAAUCCAAUGUCAACGAUAUUUUGUUAAUAGAUUUUCAAUAUUGUAGUUGGACUUCUCCAGCUGUAGAUCUGCAUUAUUUUCUGAAUACAGAAAACACCUGGAUACUAUCAUCAGGUGUUAUCACAGACUUUGCUGUUUCCUGCUUACUGGUGAACUUUCCGCUAUUGAUCAAUGAUAAAACUGAGGAUGCUGACUUUGAAACAAUAUUAGGCAGUGGUGAGAAGGCCCAACGAUUUGAUAAGGUUUUAUAUACAAAUAAAAGAGUGCAAAGAAUUGUUAAAGUGAUGUUGCCCAAAUUUGAUCAAAUGGGUCUAUUAGAUGUUGUUAAAUAGUUCAUAUUUGUAUUUAUUUCAUAUAGUUUUUAACGAAAUAAAAGUAUUAUUAUAUAAAUAUUACUUUAUAACUUAUUUAAGAUGUUAUUUAAGCAUGACCAUCUCAAACUUUAUUCAUGUUAAAUAUAAAAUGUUAAUGUAUCAUUAUUA